CUUGGGGGUGCCUAACUUUUCACACCCCAAGAAUGAAAUGACUUUCCUUCUCCUUUAAACACAGUUUGACAAUUCUGUUACAAUGUAACAGAUUUAAUUUUCUCCUUUCCUUGUCCUUAAAUUAUGUAUAUUAGUCUAACUGUACCCCUGUUUGUGUUUAUGCCUUGUAAAGCACUAAGUACAUUUGUAGGUCUAUAUACUUAAAUAAAUACAUUCCAUAUCAAAUAUGGAAGCAGUGUUGGGAGGCAGAAGAUAGCAAGGGUCAAUCAGACUGUUUUCAAGGUGCCAAAUUACAAGAUGACCUUGGAUUAAGGAUAUUUAAUUUUAAGACAAUGUUCCUUUUCUUUAGUCAACAUGGUCUUGAAGGACAUACAAAACUGCAGUAAAGGGAACAGGUUGAGCAGGUUUACCUUGUAAAACCUUAUAAAUACUAACAAUUCUGAGUCACACACACACAUGUCGCCAUCUCACAUUAGUAACUAGAUACACUGCUAUGUAUCAAUGGGGAAUAAGAAAAAAUACUUAAUAAAAUGAAAAACAGCCAGUUAGCAUGAGAAAUAAUUUUCACAAUUCAGUUAAGGACAGGAUAUUUUCAGCAGGUAAGCCUGCGUGAUUACCUGCUGAAAAUAUCAGUGCCUGCCGUACUCAUUGAGAGUGGCACCAGCAGAAUAGGAGGGAGGAGGGGUGGAGGUGCUGGAUAAACAUUCAGUUCUCUGCUGUCCCUCUUCAUUUCCCAGUGUUGUAGCCUUAUUAAGACACGCAAGAUGCAACUUUGUCUAUUCUGCUCCACGUGUAUCAAAUGAGGACCCUCAAUACACGUUUCCAGAUGACAGCUGCCCCAUGGAACUUUCACCUGCUUUUAUGAAAACCAUGAAACCCAAACCGUGGGUACUGGGAUCCCUGAUGGUUUUCAUGCUAUUCCUGCUUCUGUUCUUUAUUCAGAACACACGGUAUGUGUUUCCGGAAGACACCAACAAUUAUUUUAUUGAUGAAGAAAAUCUAAAAAUGGAAACAAAACAAUGUGAAAGGAAACUGCUGCUGCGCCGGCCAGAUAUAAGACGGAAAGCUGCACUUCAAGUCAUCUCUCCAUGGCUCGCACCUAUUGUAUGGGACGGAACAUAUGACCUUCAGAUUUUAAACAAACAGUUUAAGGGCAAAAGGAUUGGACUGUUUGUGUUUGCAGUGAAAAAGUAUAUCCAAUUUCUCCUCCCUUUUUUGAAAUCAGCAGAGAAACAUUUUAUGGUUGGGUACAAAGUAACAUAUUAUGUAUUCACUGACAACACUGCCGCUGUACAGAAAUUACGUUUGGGUGCUGGUCGCACUUUGAAGCUGUUGAAAGUUAAAGCUGAUAAUCGUUGGCAGGAUAUUUCGAUGAGGCGUAUGCAGAUCCUGGUUAACUUGACCCUUGAUCAGCUGCCAAAGGAGGUGGACUACUUGAUGUGUGCCGACGUGGAUAUGGUGUUUAAUGACCGUGUAGGGGUAGAGAUACUAGGGGAUCUGGUGGCCACUAUACACCCUGGAUUUUUCAUUUCUCAAACCUAUCAGUUUAGCUAUGACCGAAAUCCAGCAUCAGCAGCCUAUAUACCAUUUGGACAAGGGGAUUUCUACUACAUGGCAGCUUUUUAUGGGGGGACAGUAAAAGAGAUUAAUAAACUUAGCACAUUUUGUCAUAAAGGCAUUGUUUCCGACAAGCAAAAGAACAUUGAAGCUAGGUGGCAAGAAGAAUCUCACCUAAAUAAGUAUCUUUUAUAUAAUAAACCCACUAAACUCCUGUCACCUGAAUAUAUAUGGGAUACUACCUUAACUAAUGGUGACCUGGUGAAAAGGAGGAGAUUCCUGACUGUGCAGAAGAAUCACAGUGAAGUCAGGAAUUAAGACCCAUAGCGGUGGAAGUGAAAAAGACAAAAAUUGCCUUCCAGGAAACCACAUUUUUACCAGCUCUACCUGCAACCCAAUAUGAUGGUCACCAUAAAACUGUUGCUUUUAUGACUACAAAAGACUUUUGUUGAAUAAAAAACAAUGUUGCAGGUAGUGUAAUCGCACAAGAAUGUUGUCAUACUCUGAUUUAAAUGUUUUAUCUGAAGUGAUUAUCCUGUAGUUUUAGGCCAGUCUGUCAUUGCACUUCAUGGCAAUAAGUUGGAACGAAUACCCUUUCCAGUUUGGGUUAUUGUAGCUUGGAAACAUGGCCUUUGACUUCAAUAGGGAACGAUUUUGUUGUUGCUUGCCAAGCUUUAAAUGUCUGGGUGACAAGACGCCUAGAAUCAAACCAUGUGCCAUUACCUUAAAAAAUGUACACUUAAAAGGUGUAUAUCUACUUCUAGGUAUUUUAAUUUAUUUGAAAUAAUACAAGGGCUGGGUUCAGUGAUAUUGGAAAUCUCUGAAAAAAUUAAUUUUCUAAGUUUUUUAGUAAACCGUUUUUACAAUACUCUGUCUUAAUGUUAAAGAAACAUGAAAAGGACCGAGAACACAGCUAGAACAAAACAGGGCCUAGUGUCGUGAAAUGAUAUUCCAAAGACUGGAAGUAUACAAGGGGGUGGUGGUUUCUGGUCUAUGGAUGGGACCAAGAUGGUGAAUUACCCUACAAAUCAGAACAGACCCAUGAGCUAUGUAAAGUAUGUCUCUGAGCUGGAGGAAAACAGGUGUAUAUCCAAGAUUAAUUGAAACAUCUUUAAAGGAACUACAUUACCCCACAUGGAGUCUGUGGGGUAAUGUAAUUCCUUUAAAGAUGUUUCAAUAAAUAUACUUUUUAUACAGCAUGACUAUAGAGUAAUUUUUGGUUUUUGUAUGCAUUACCUCUGUUUGGUCACAAGAGGUCUCUGUAAUGCUUAGCAUUACUUAAUAUUUUGUGCUAUCCCCAUGGCCAAUACAUACCAUUAUUUUUGUAUAACUGCUCAAAAGAUGAAAGUCGGCACUCCGGUAAGUUAAAAAGGUGGUUU